UGUUUGCAUUGGUUUCGCAGCCGUCGUACUAUUCGUACUAUCGUUUGAUUCACGCUUUCAUCUGCUUUUGGGCCAACACUGAAGACACGAUUUGAGACAAACACUGAACCACUGAUCAGCUCUACUCUGGAAGACAAUGUCGAUAGGAAUCCCGAUCAAAGUGCUGCACGAGGCGGAGGGCCAUAUCAUCACCUGCGAGACCAACACCGGCGAUGUCUAUCGCGGCAAACUGUUGGAGGCCGAGGACAACAUGAACUGUCAAAUGGCGAACAUUACGGUCACCACAAGAGAUGGUCGCGUCUCGCAGUUGGAGAACGUGUUCAUCAGGGGAUCCAAAAUACGAUUUCUGAUACUACCAGAUAUGCUGAAGAAUGCGCCCAUGUUUAAGAAGGUGGGGGUUAAAGGGGGACAACAACAGGCCGGUCGCGGCAAGUCUGCCAUACUUAGGGCACAGGUGGCCAGAGGUCGCGGUCGAGCCCGAGCUAUGAUCACCAGAAGGGGCCGCUAAAUGAUAGACCAAAAACCAUUCCCUUCUGUCUCUCAUCACCACAUCUGAUGAUAACUACUAUAUAUUUGAAGUCAUUUCCAGCCGACGACUGAAUUACAAACAAAACACGCGUUUUUUGUAUUCAUAUAUCAAAUCAUUAUUUAAUGUCUUAAAUAUAACAUAUAAUACACGACACAAUCGAUGUAUCGACAGAUUUAAUGCUUCUUUUUUUAUAGUAAAACUUAUCACAAAAUUUAAAUAUUUUUUCCCUAAAAA